AUACUCCCCGCUCCAAAUGCAAAGACAUUGAAAGAGAUUAUAACUGUAACUGCUGAAGCUGAAUAUUAUCAACAAAAUGUGGUUUUCUCAGACAGUGCUCCUCCUGGCCGCAUGCGCCUGUCUGGCAGACGAGGUUCUAACCGAAGAAAUGAACCAACCUUUGUCAGCCUCCAGGUUAGCAUCCCCCCGCUCCAGGCGGAUGGUCGGGGGCACCCUGGCUCCUCAUGUCCCAUGGCAGGUCAUGGUGUACAUUGCUGACAAGGUGGUGGACGGAGGUUCUGCAGGCGGGGCGCUCAUCUCCGAUCGCUGGAUUCUGACUGCUGGCAGGAACCUGUUCGUCAGGAAGAGUCGACAGCACACUCAGGGGAAAGAUCCUGUCAUUCCUAAAGUGUACCUGGGAAUCCAUGGACGGCCCCAAGCUGUUGCCUCCAAAGAAGUUGCUGUCGAAAAGGUUGUUCUUCACCCAGGCUUCCAGAACGGCUCUGACUGGGAGAACGACCUGGCUCUGAUCCAGCUGAAGGAGCCUGUGCUGAUGAGCGAUAAAGUGACCCCCAUCCCUCUGCCAGAGAGGGGCCAUGACCUGGCAGACACCCUGGGAGGGACAGGGGUCAUCACCGGGUGGGGCUGGGGGAUACAUUUCACCCUCGCCACAUCACUCAAACACCUAGUAGUCCCCCUAGCCAAUCACACUGAAUGUAAGGCAGAAUAUGAUCUCACUGAGCUAACACCAGCUGUAGACGACCACAUGUUCUGCACCGGAUCCACCCGGUAUGAGGAGAAUGUUUGUUUUGGUGAUGCAGGAGGUGCUCUGGCGGUAAAAGAUGCUGCAACUGGAGACAUCUACGCUGCAGGGAUCCUCUCCUUUGACAAGUCCUGUCAAACAUACAAGUACGGAGUCUAUAUGAAGAUUUCCUCGUAUUUGCCCUGGAUCCACAGUGUCAUCAGAGGAGAUAGCGAGAAAUCGUCUGCUCUGCGCUCUGAUGCCAUGUCUAAGAUGUACUCAUUGCAGCAGUAGAGCUUCAGGUUCUGAGCUGUGGAUUUUGCAGAGGAAUUAUUGUAAUAUAUGACUCAGUACAUUUGAAUAAAUUCUCGCAAUAUUACUA